AUGAAAUCUUUCACCCUGUUCGCUUUGGUGUUCGCUGCCGUGGGCCUCGCCCACGACCAUCACCAUGAAGACCAAAUUCCUAUGAAUUAUGUCAAAUAUCCCUACCAGGCCACAUAUCCAGGCGACGAUGAAGUGACUGCGGACUCCAUUUUCUCUGGAAUUACCACAUUUGCGAAGCUCCCAUGGGUACAGUGUCUUGGCAAGGACCGAGAUACUACCUUUGACAUCGCGUUCAUUGGUGCCCCUUUUGAUACAGGGACAUCCUACCGCCCUGGUGCCCGGUUUGGGCCUGCUGGUAUUCGUGCCGGAUCUCGUCGGUUGACCUUGUAUGGAGGAUACAACGUUCCCCUCGAGGUCAACCCAUUCCUUUCUGGACUAAAAAUCGUGGAUUGCGGUGACAUUCCAGUCACGCCCUACGACAACAAGUUUGCCAUCCAGCAAAUUGAAGGCGGGCACAAGGAGCUUCUUCACCGACCUGCUUUUUCCCCGCUUGGCAACGACGCUCUCACCGGCAAGCCCCUCGUUCCAAUUUCGCUCGACGGAAAGCAUCAUCCACGUGUAGUCACACUUGGUGGUGACCACACGAUUGUUCUGCCUUUGCUUAGGUCCAUUCACUCUGCAUAUGGCCCAAUUUCUGUAAUCCACUUUGACUCCCACCUAGACACCUGGAAGCCUUCUGUGUUUGGAGGCGCCCCUUCCGAUCAGGCCGCUAUUAACCACGGCACAUAUUUCUAUUGGGCUAGUCAGGAGGGUCUGAUUAAGAACGGAAGCUCCAUUGCAAGUAUCUUACUUCCUUACCUUCCACUAUUCCUUUCUCCCCCCCAUGGCGCCAUCAGGACCACGCUAUCCGGACCAGCCGAUUAUGCAAAUGACGACGCCUCUGGCUUCCAACGAAUCGAAGCCCGUGAGAUCGACACCAUAGGCACUGACGGAAUUAUCAAAAAGAUUCGGGAGACCGUCGGCGACCGACCCGUUUAUCUGUCCAUCGAUAUUGAUUCAAUCGACCCCGCAUUUGCUCCUGCGACGGGCACCCCAGAAACUGGUGGCUGGUCUACACGCGAGUUACGCACCAUCCUCAGAGGCCUGGAUGGCCUCCACAUUGUCUCGGCCGAUAUUGUUGAAGUUGCUCCUGCAUAUGAUACCAAUGCAGAGCUUACGACCAUGGCCGCAGCCGACGUACUGUUCGAGGUCAUUAGCGUCAUGGCAAAAACCCCCUUGGGUAAAGUCGCGAAUUAG